CGGACAGCUGAGUCACUGGACACACAAGUGGACAACUGAGUGACAUGCAAAUACCAAGCAUGGCUCUUGAAUUGUUCUGACAAAAGCAGAUGUCAGAGCUUUGUUGUGGAUUGCAUCACAAUCAUUACGAUUUUUUAUACCUCACUCAGGUUUGUUUUGCUUUUUUUUUUUGUGGUUUAUCCUGUUUCAAGAUCCAACCCCCAUUGUAGGAUGUUUUGAUGGUCUGAGUGGGACUUUGGUCCAAAAGUCUCUGAAGAAGUUCUAGAUCUCAAACUUUUCGGGGGUAAAAUCGAAGACUUCACAUCUGCAUUUUUGAAGAUGAACAGUCGGUUUGCUAGCGCUGGGAAUCCGCUUCUCCAUGUGGACCUCCAAAUUGAUGAGCAUGAACCUCAAAGAGGAAUCCUGGAUCUCCUCAGGAGACUCCGUCCUCAUUGGAGGGCACAGGACAUUCAGAUGAAGAAAUUCACAGAAGGCAUCACCAACCAGCUGAUUGGCUGCUACGUGGCUUCUCUCCAGGAGCCCGGUUGUGUUCUGGUGCGACUCUACGGCAGAAUGACGGAGCUCUACGUGAACAGGGACCGCGAGGUGGAGAUGUUCCAGGUCUUCCACGCCCACGGGUGUGGUCCACAGAUCUACUGCAGCUUCCAGAAUGGCAUCUGCUACGAGUUUAUAAGAGGAAAGGUGCUGGACGAUGGGCUGCUCCGGCAACCCUCCAUCUACAGAUUGAUCGCGGCAGAGAUUGGGAGAAUCCACUCCAUCCAGCCAAAAUGUGGUCCGCCUGUUGAACCUCUUCUCUGGACAAAAAUGUCCCACUUUCUGACACUGGUGCAGAGCAGUAACAGCAGCAGCACGGCUUUGCAGCGCUGCAGGAAGAGUCACGCGGCUCUGCAAGAGUUCCCCAGCUUUGAGAUGUUGUCAGUUGAAAUGGAGUCAUUGAAGAGACAACUCUCGCAGAUUGACUCGCCGACCGUCCUCUGCCACAAUGACCUCCUGACAAAAAACAUCAUCUACAACCACAAAGAGGGAAUGGUGAAAUUCAUCGACUACGAGUACGCCGAUUACAACUACCAGGCUUUCGAUAUUGGCAAUCACUUCAAUGAAUUUGCUGGUGUGAAUGAUGUGAACUACAGCCUCUACCCGAGCCUGGAGCUGCAGAGAGACUGGCUGACGGCCUAUCUGGAGAGCUACAAGCACAGCAAAGGACACGAGGUCACUGUUACAGAGGCAGAAGUUACGCAGCUCUACAUUCAAGUCUGCAAAUUCUCUCUGGCAUCAAACUUCUUCUGGGGUCUUUGGGCCAUCCUGCAAUCACGGUUUUCCUCGAUUGACUUUGACUUCCUAAGGUAUGCCAUGGCACGACUCAACUACUACUUUGAAAAGAAAGAGGAAUAUUUUGGAUUGACAAUAAGCUAAAUAACUGAGGAUGAAUUACCAGCAUAUUUUAAAUCAGACGUAGCAUUACGAGAGUUACCAAUGUCCUUCUUGGUUAUAUUGUACAAUUCUAUGUAAAUCCACUGUGGAAUUUAAAGCAUAUAAUGCAAUGUGCUCCCCAUUGUUAUUUCAGGCUGUAGUUUGUGAUAAUGUUUUGCUAUCAUUGUGAUUUAUUUAAAAUAUUUGUUUUACCACAGCCUGUAUGCCGAUAAGCCUUUUUGGCACAUGGUGAUGAAGGUCCUGCCAAAAACCCAUUAAUUGUUCCCACAUUUAGUAGAGUUGCAUAAAGCCACAAAACUGAGCCUGAUCAUAAAACCCUUAAGGGUUAUUUGCAUGCUUAUUCAGUGUGUACCACAGUUCUGAUGGAAAACUUACUGGACAUUUGUAACUCUGGGGUUAUUGUUUAAAAGCUGCUUUUUAUCUACCUUACACGAUGUAUACCGAUCAUACAGCAUACUGCACAUUUACAAAGAGAAAUGCAAAUUAAUUGCCAUUUUAAGUUCCAAAACAGCAUGUUAAUACAGUGUUAACAGUAUUGUAUUCUGAAUUAUGUGUGGUUAUGUGCAGUAUAAAUCAUGUCACAACUUGGUCCUAAUUUUAGUAGGACAGCCUUUUGUCCAAAUUGCAAAAAGGUUAAAGCUUAUAGAAGUUUUAACCGUAAAAGUUUUUUAGCUCACUGACUGACUGACAGUGUUUCUGCUGUUUCAUUUCACCUCAUACGGACCCUUUUCACAGUACCAUAGCAAGGCAAACACAAGAGCAGCUUGUAGAUUUAUUAAUGGGUAAGAUUGAUGAAUUGGUUCUAAUUAAUUCUGACUUAAUACUGCAGCUGCUUUUUUGUUUUGUAGUCCUCUGAAAAGGUACGUUUUACACUUUAGCCUAUAACUGUGGGGACAUGUAUCAUCAGUUGCAUGUCAUCAACGUGUUAACUUAUUUUCUCUCAUUAACUAAAUAUACAAGUUUCAAAUUUCAAGUUAAUUCAACUUAACUCAACUUACUUUUCCUUUGAAGACCUCUUCAGAAAUAAUUUACAUGGGUUCACCUGACUAAGUACUUGAAAUGCAGAGUUGAACGACUACUGCUGAGAGAUCACCUAACUCAACAAAUUAAUUGAAUCAUCAGCAUAUUAGCAGACUUCAAUACCUCAAUUGUUUUACCAGUCCAUGCCAUGUACUUACCUCCAUUUCAAAAAGAAAUUUGAGCACCAGCGUAGCCCGAGUGGUUAUAGCACAUACCACAUUACUGCAAUGUGCUAGGUUUGAUUCCAGCUAUGGGACCUUUGUUUAUAGGGUCAGCUGUAGCUCAGUGGGUAAAGUGGAUUGUCCCUCAAGGUUAGCGGUUUGAUCCCCAGCACUGACAAUGAGCAAAUCAUUGAACCUCAAUGUACCUGUUGUAUAUGGCAAUUUUUGGGCGAUUUUUAUGUUGAAACUCUCAAGAGACCCUCCUUUUUUGAAAUUUGAAGAGAACAACCAGGGUGGAAAGUUUCUGUGUGUCUUUAAUAAAUGUGGAGUCAUGUUUUUUCCUUUCAGGAUUAAUGCUGAUCACAAUAAAGGUUAGUAUCACAUUCA